CUCCUUUCAUUUGCACAAUAAUGUAAACGUUGUACUUUCUGUACAUUUGUGAAAAGCAAUUUUAGAAGACAAGAUAGGGGAGGAGAGGAUAAGUAUUGGAACAUUAAAAAUAAAAAGAGAAAAAAAAAAUUAAUGGUGAUAAUAAUAAAAAGUGAUGGGAAUAAAUUGUUGAGGUACCAGAGGCUUCUAGGUCUAGCUAGUCAGGGUAACGUUUUUCAUAUGUGCUGUAUCAUGUAAAUUGUAAGGUAUAUUUUCAUAGAUAAAGGGACAAUAAUGAAUCGUAGUGACCUCGUCUUGAAGUUGAAAUAUCCAAAAUGCCCUUUGUAUAUGCUUAUCCGUCUCUAAAUUUGGUUCCUUAAUCCCUCGAUAAUAAGGGUAAGGGACGGAACACAUCACCCCCUCACAGGCAGGCAAGAACCGCGACAUCUCUUAGCUUGAAUUUAUUUUUUUAAUCAAGUUUUUUUUUCUUAGAAGUUAAGCGUAAAUUAAAUUUAACACUUUGACCCCCCCCCCAAAACAUUUAAAUAUUUAUUUCCUCUUUAAAAUAAUUUUAUAAUUUUACCCUCCGGCCCCUAAGUUAGAAUUUGUUAUAUACAGUCGGGUGUACCGUACACUCAAUAAUUAAUCAAGGUUGAUUUUUGCUCUUCAUCUCAUGAUAAAAUGAAAAACAAUUAUCAAAAUGAGAACAAAUACCCAUGAAUAUACGAUAGACUCGGGUGUAAUAACAACUUCUCCCCCUAAACCUAAUAAUGGUACAUGAAAAAAAAAAAUCAAAAAAAAUAAGAACAGACUGCAGACUGCAGACUGCAGACUGCAGACAUACAUCUUAUAUUUCUGAGGUCUAGUAAUACACAGCCAGCCAGCACCUAUAUUAAACUAGUAACAUCAAAUGUUAUUAUUACAUACAAUCUUCAUAACAGUUCAUCAUUCACACAAAAAUAAUUUCUGAAAAAAAAGCCCAACAAAUAAUAAUACUAUUCUGCAAAAAUUCCACUGAUAAAAAAGAAGUUUCAGAAUUCAUUCAGUCCCACUAUUUAUAUGCUUCUCUCAAAAAUAAUCUUGAAACAAAACUAGUGUAUAAAAUUCUCUCUCCUUUAGAAAAAAGAAAAGAUGAUGAUAUCUGGAAGAAAUAACCGUAAAUCUCCUUUCCCUUUCACAGCAAGUCAAUGGCAAGAAUUAGAGCAGCAACUUCUUACUUUCAAAUAUAUUAUGUCAGGAAUUCCUGUCCCACCUGAACUCUUCUCUACUGUUAUCAGAAACCCAUUUACUUCCUCUUCUUCUGGACUCUUCUCUAAUCAACAAUCUAUUCCAUUUGGAUGGGGUUGUUUUCAAAUGGGAUAUGGAAGAAAAAUAGACCCAGAGCCAGGAAGAUGUAGAAGAACAGAUGGUAAAAAAUGGAGGUGUUCAAAAGAAGCAUGCUCAGAUUCUAAGUAUUGUGAGAAGCACAUGCAUAGAGGAAAGAACAAAACUAAGAAACAAAAUCAACAAGUUUUUUCCAAUACAACACCAAAAUCAUCAACAAAUGACUCCACUUUUUCAACAUCAUCACCCAAAAUUAAUCUAAAAACUUGCAUCCCAAAUUCCCCUGCAAUUUCUUGCUCAAUUUCACCAUCUAAUAAUGAUAUUACUACAACUUAUCCUUAUAUUAUGGGUCAAAAAACUCAAGCUCACUCUUAUCAACCCACCACUUUUUACCCUUUUAUGUCUCCUCAAUCUGAUUCCACUAAUUUCACUCAGUCAACUCAAAAUUUUACUGCCCCUCACUGGCUAUUGGACUCUGAGUCAUAUGAUCAGCCUAAGAAAGAAAUGAGGUACUUGUAGAUGAAAGAAGCAAUUAGGGAAACAAACGGAGUCCAUAUCAAGAUCUAUUGUACGAAGACAUCGAAAGGGACUAAGAAAUCAAAGAUUUGGACUUGAUAAGACGACGAUAGACUCAUAACUCAUAAGCUAUUCCAUAGAUGAUUGUUCGUGACUAACUAACUAGAGAUCGUGAUUAAUAAUGAAAAUCCUCAUUUGAUAAAGGAGGGAAAAAAAAAAGAGAACGAGUGAUCAUCUUUAGUUUAUACGAAGGUAAUAACCUUAUAAGCAUGCAUCACAUGUAAAACAUGUUUUGAUCUUGUGGCACUGAACUUUCUUGUAUGUAGAUGUUUUUGAACGGGCAACCACUUUAAUGUUCCAUAUGUUUGUCAAUAAUCGUUAUACAAUGGUCUUGUGCGUGCCUUCAUACAGUUUCAAUACUUAUGGAGUACACAAGUUUAAUUUGGUGUACAUUAUUGGGCACUUGUAGUGAUUUGAAAUCGCGAUAAUUUUGUACAGGUUUGAUCAUGUUCAAAUUCUCUAUUAGAAUAUCACUGUUUAGGCUUGUAAGCUGUAACAUAUCUAUGCAUAAACAAUAAAUGAUAUUUUUCCAAUUUUCAA